AUGGGCCCUCCCAGAGACCGAAGCACUCCCAGGGGCCGUCCCAGGGACGGUGGCACCCCUAAGGGCUCUCAGAAGGACACCAGCACUGCCAGGUGCCCUCCCAGGGAGAGCAGCACCCGCAUGGGCCCUUCCAGGUGUGGUGGAGCAGGCAAGGGCGCUCCCAGGGACAGCAGCACUGCCAGGGGCUCUCCCAGGGUCAGCAGCGCCCUAGGGGCCCUCCCAGGGACUGGGGCACCAGCAGAGACCCUGCUAGGGGCGGUGGCGCCCUCAGAGUCCUUGUCAAGGGUGCUGUCACCCUCAGAGGAUAUGCAAGGGGCGCUGGCGCCCCCACAGGCUCUCACAAGGACAGGGGUGCUCCCAGGUGCCCUCAGUGGGACAGCGACGCCCCCAGGGGUCAUGCAAGGGACAGAUGAGCUCCCCGGGGCGGCACUGACAUCAGGGACCGUACCAAAGGUCCCCCAGGGGUCCUAUAGGGCCGUCCUUGUGAUGGGAGCGCCCCCAGGGACCGUGCCAGGGGCAGUGGAGCUACCAGCAGCCCUACCAGGGGCGGCGCUCUCCCCAGGGACCGUACCAAGUGUCCCCAGCGGUCCUAUGGCAUGCUUGUCCGUCGAGUCAUAA